ACCACUCUAAACAGAGAAUUUAGUACGGUAGGAUUACGGCUGAUUCUACCAACCCAUCUUUCAAGGCUCCUACCACAGAGCAAGGGAGGAGACGGCUGCGCUAGAUCAACAAUCUGUGAUCAUCAAGGGGAGCGGUACAAUCUACCAGGAGCUUGUCGAUCCAGGACAAACAGGUGCAACAGUCAGACACUCCUGCUGCGCUUGGACCGAAUCCUUUCAGAACUGCAUGAAGAUGAAGCUCUUUCUCAUCGUGUUGCUGGCGCAUCUGCAGCAAACCUUCUCGGGGCGACAGAUCAAUGGAACUGUGGGUCAGCCACUGUUGUGGCCAUGCACACACACAACAAAAGAUGUAUCAGCUGUCUCCUGGCACGCCAGUGACCAGCCUCCAGACAAGUCCUUAGUAUGCUACAAUGCUGUUGGGGACAGUUGUGACCCCAGGUGCGGCAGCCACUCUCCGGUAUAUAAAAACUUGUCAGUCUUCUGUGAUGAAAUUCCCUCCGGAAACGUCUCCCUGUGCUUCAUAAAGCCAAACCUGAUGCAGGACAAUGUUUCGUAUGAAGUGAUUUUAACACGCGGUGAAAUGGAUAAGCAAGUCUACACCUGCAAGGUCACUCUUCAUUUGUCGGUUGCUUUCCAGACGCCCACCAUUACCGUGAACGGAACAAAGGCCACCUGCCGCGCAAGAGGGGGUUACCCUGAACCUGUGGUGAGGUGGACGGGGGAAAAUGAGUCUGGACCAGUGACCUGGGAACCAGUUAACAAAACUGUGACCCCUGAAAACCAAACCUUCAGUAUCAGCAGCACAGUGGACAUCACAGACAUCACAGAUGUGACGUGCUCCAUCUACAACCCAACUUCCAACAAGACAAGCACAGCUGGCCUUGCUAAAGGUGUCUUACCAGCAUUUUUAUUUGACCAUGGUCAUGCGCUAAAUUUGGACUCUCAUUCACGGCUUCUGUGCCAAUGUGUCUUUGUGCAGGCAGUGGUUCGGAAUCUCAAUCUGAGACAAACUAUGCUUGGAUUGCUGUGGUGGUUCUUCUCAUCCCCGUGGUUCUGGGUGUCUGGUGUUGUUGGACAAAAAAAUGUGCUGGUCCUUGCUCUCCAUCUAAUUCUGUUAUUUAAGAAAAAGGAGGUGUGGUGAGCCCAAACACACACACACACACACACACACACACGUUUGUUUCGCUGUUUUUGUGAGGACCUCUCAUAGCUAUAAAGCCUCUCCCCCUAAACCCAUCCAAAACAAAUGGCUAAACUUAACCCGGACUCUAAACCAGACUUAAACCCAAUUAUAAUAAACUACUUCUUACUGAUGCUUUAACCCUCGAAACCUUGUGAGGACCGGCCAAAAUGUCCGCACAAGGCACAGAAGAAUUUGGCUUGUCAAGGCAUGGUACUCACAAGUAUGGCAAAACAUGUCAUGAGACAUACACACUUCAGCGCACACAGUGGUGAUCGAGCGACCAGAAAUUGUUCAAGUUGGGUCCUCAAGGAAAAAGGCCAGCUGAUCAAGACAGAAUCAGGACCUGACCAGCAGAAGCUGGUUGAAGCCUGUGAACAGCAAACCCUGUGACGCGUUUUACAGCAAGCGCAAAAAACCUUUCAAGCUCUGGGUGGGUGUCAAUGUGGUGAAGUCGCUCAUGCUGUCUGAGACUCACAAGUCGGCGAUGAAAGGCAGGCAGCACGUAACCAUGACAAUUGUAUUUAUUUAUUUUUUUGCCGUGACCAUUGAUGGCACUUCUGCUGUCACUGCACCUGGAGCACCCGUUAAUACCACCUCUCCUACCGCGGCCGCUACACUAUCGCCGGAACAGUGGGGAAGAUCGGCCAUGUGCGAGCGGUAUUUGGCACAAAUGCGUCUUGGGAAGCGGAUGUGCUCUGGCGUCUGAACACUGCAGUGAAGCAGCUUUGACAGCUUUCUUUCUCAGCAUAGCAAAAGAACUGAGACACAUGCACUAAUGGCUCACCUGUGUGUGUGCGCGCCUUCCCGCUCAUUCUUCUUAGUGAACACUGUUAAAUACUGAUAUUUCUGUUAUUUUGUGAAGCACACAGUUCAAAUAUGUAUUAAAUGGCCUUG